AUGGGCUCGACUAGUUUCUUAAACAAGAAACCGGGUUUUAGAAAAAGCGGUUCUAGCGCAGGCUCGGACAAGGAGAUGAAUGGGAAAUUGAAAAGAUCAAAAAUAAGGCGACCGGUUAAGAUGAACGAGUAUGGGAUGAAAAGGGUACCAGAUUAUACCGAGUUGGCCUAUAAGGAGGCUGUGUCGAAAUUAAGAUAUUUUCUGUCUGGAAACAGUGCACCCAGUGUUCGUAGCUAUGGGGGUUCAGCUUCAAUCAAGAACCUCGACGAUUGCGAUGGAGAUCUGGAUAAAAAAUAUUCCACCUCCUUUAACACGCUCUCUGAAUUCAAGCCACGGCCGAGACUUACUGCGAAGUACACUACACUGUAUGCGGAUAGCUUGAACAACUAUACUCCUCCACAGCCCACUUUGAAUACCGCACCGCCUGCAGCGUCCGCUGAUCUCUCCGGUGGUACUAACCCAGAUGUCAUCAAUUUUAUCCAAAAACAAGAAGAGUACAUUGAACAACUUGAACGGGAAAGUCAGUACUGUAGGGACGAAUUAAAUAAUUUACUUGGUAAAGUCAAAGAGGUUAUAUCGGAAAAUGAACAUUUGCAUGAAGCUCAAAAGAACAAGAUAAUUUCUCGAAUGUUCCACACAUACAACGCUGGAUCCGAAACUGAUGAUCUUGAUGAUAUAGGAGAUAGUACAGGAUUGGAUAGCGAUAAUAAGAUAUCGCCAUCAAAACCCCGUAGACCAAAAUCCCGUUCAUCUAAACUCGAAGGACCAAAUAUCGUCUUCGAAUCCCGCAUCGCAGAACUAGAGGCUCAGUUGGCUCAAGCUAAAAUAGACUUGAAAAAAGUGCAGGAAGAAAACAACGAAAACAAACGAAAACUCGCCAAUGGUCUAGUCGACUCUACUUGCCUCGACGGGUUUAAGCGACAAAUUGAUAAUUUGCAACGGGAUAAAACUACUUUGGAAUCCCAAAUAUCUAAGCUUAAACUAAGCCUGGAGCAAAAAGAUGGAGAUGUAGAAAAUCGUUACAAGAGAGGUUCUGAUGCAGUGGAACAGCAGUUGAGAGAAGAAAGAAAUAAUUUGGAGUUAGAGAUCCGCAGAUUGAAAGAUGACCUAGCAAAAGAGAGGUCUAAAGUCCGUGAACUGGCGGGUGAAGGCGCUCGCCGCGCGAUACAGGAGCGUAGCGCGGCGGAACAACGCUACAACGCUCACUUCGACGAGCUGCAACACGAUUUGGCUGCUCAAUACGACAAUGCGGCUAAAUUACAGUUGGAGUUAGAGCGUCAACGUCGUGAAGAGAACGAUCUGAAGCGAGAAUUGUCCAUGAAAAAUGCCGCUGUUGAGGAAUUGAAGAUGGAACUUAAGAAUAAAUCUGCGUCUCUUCAAGCAGAUUUAGCUCAAGCCUAUGCUGAAAAGGCAUCUUUGGAAGAAGAACUGGCGAGUGCUAGACUGGCUAUUGAGAGGCAGCAACGACAAUCGAAACAUGAAUCUAAUCGUUUGAACUCUGAAAUUCAAUCUCUUCGUCAACGCUUGGACCGAGCAGAUGCAGAUCUGGUGCAUUCUCGUCGGGAAAAUUUGCGUCUUUCAGAACAAAUAUCUAAUCUGGAAAAGGAGCUUAAUAUGAAGAACCUGACUCCAAUGUCACCAGAAAAGAAUAAAAAGGAGAAGGAAUUAUCAACGAUGCUAGAAUCCAUGGAAAACAAACAUGGCAGAGUGCAGGACGAACCAAUCAGAACACAGCGCGACAUAUCAAGAUCUCGAGAAUCUCCAAUAUCGAGCCACAGAUCCAAACGCCGCGUAAAAGAGUCCGAUUCGUCGAAUAACUACCCAAUUGUUGUUGGCCCAUUAACGACUAAUCAGGAUCUCACAAACGUUCACGGUGAAAAAAUAUACAAUCUACCGCUAAUGAUUCAACAGCCCUUUUUACGGGAGAAAAAGGAGCCUAUCAAAGUUGAUAUCAGCGUCAAGUUAAUACCAAAACCAAGAAAAAAGGAUAAAAAGAGACGGGAAAUGCAGGUCGAUGAAAUUAUAUCUCCUGAUAAGAGUGUUAAAAAUAGUAUUAGUAUGGAAGUUACCGAUAGAAAUAUUCACGUUUUAAGCGAGUCUUUAGAACUUGUCGAAGAUAAAUGUGAAAAAAAGAUUGAAGCUUCAGAACAAGAAAACAAUGUUGGUGUUGUAGAAAAGCUGAAUGUAGAGAAUAAUGCGGAAGAUUUUGAAAUUGUCGUACCUGCAGUUGAUCUUGAGGAAGAAAAAUCUGAAGUACAAAAUAAAGAAACAUUUAACGAAUCUGUAUCAGAAUUAAAUCAAUCGAAUAAUUUAAAUAUUAAUGCGGCAGAAACUAAUGCAAAUGUAAAUGUUGAUGAUAUUGAAUCUAAUGAUUUUGAGACUGAAUCAACAGAGGUUGAUCCAAAUCAACAUUUAGAUGAAGAAAAAGUGGAGGAA